GGAAGUCCUGUAUCGAGAGAGAAACGUUUACUGAAUGUAUUUUGUACAAAGACCAGUAUUCACCAGUAGGACCCAAGUGUUCAAAAUUUGGAUUUUAAUUUCCAGUGUUACCUCUUCCCCCCAAAAAAAACAAACAAAAAAGAAACACUGCAAUUUGUGCUGAAGAUUCUAUCAAUCCACAACGUUUGUAAGUAUCACCAGUUUCUUUGAAAUCCUUGAAAGUAAAUCAAAACAGAGUCUUCAGAGAUUCCUGCCCUUAACAGGGAUGUAAUCCUCUUGCCGAAACUGGACGAAGCAAACUGCAAAAUCAAAGAGCUGUUCUAAACCAACAGAUCUUAAGAGCAGUGAGAAUGAGAGCUGGUGCUGAAAAUCUUUUAAGAGCAACCACCAACAACAAAGUACGAGAGCAGGUACUACUGGAAUUGAGUUUUGUAAACUCAGACCUGCAGAUCUUAAAGGAAGAAUUGGAAGGACUUAAUAUCUCAGUAGAAGUUUAUCAAAAUGCAGAAGAGACUUUCAGUAUUCCCUUGGUACCUCUUGGCCUGAAGGAAACCAAAGAUGUAGACUUUUCACUCCCCCUCAAGGACUUUAUUCUGGAACAUUAUAGUGAAGACAGUUCUGAGUAUGAAGAUGAAAUAGCAGAUCUCAUGGAUCUGAGACAAGCCUGCCGCACUCCCAGCCGAGAUGAAGCUGGCAUUGAGAUGUUGAUAAGCUAUUUCCUGCAACUUGGUUAUGUAGAAAACAGAUUUUUCCCACCCACCAGGCACAUUGGAGUUUUAUUUACGUGGUAUGAUUCCUUUACAGGUGUCCCAGUGUGUCAACAAAAUCUGUUGCUUGAAAAAGCUAGUGUUCUGUUCAACAUUGGAGCUCUCUACACCCAGAUUGCAACAAGAUGCAAUCGUCAGACCCAAGCUGGACUUGAAAAUGCUGUUGAUGCUUUUCAGAAAGCUGCAGGAGUUCUAAGCUACUUAAAGGAGACCUUUACUCACACACCAAGUUAUGAUAUGAGCCCAGCUAUGCUGAACGUACUAGUAAAAAUGAUGCUUGCACAAGCUCAAGAGUGUGUUUUUGAGCAGAUUGGUCUUUCUGGAAUACGCAAUGAGUUUUUCACACUAGUAAAAAUGACACAGGAAGUUGCCAAGGUGGGAGAGGUUUACAUGCUGGUUAACAUUGCAAUGAAUCAGGAACCAGUGAAAGAGAAUAUUCCCUAUUCCUGGUCUAAGCUGGCACAAAUAAAGUCAGACCAUUACAAAGCUCUGGCACAUUACUUCAUUGCCACCAUUCUGUGUGACCAUGAAUUGCAGCCCAGCGAUGACAAAGAUCAGCAGGAGAAAGCUUUGUCCCAGCUGUAUGACUGUGUGCCUGAAGGGCUGAUGGUUCUUGCUGUUUUAAAGGACAAAGUUCAGAGAAAACAAUUAGGGAAAGCACAUUUACGCAAAGCCAUUGUUUACCAUGAAGAAGCUCUAAGAGUCUGUGGGCUAUGCAAAAAGCUUCGAAACAUUGAGGUUCUUCAGGAGGUUCUGACAGCUGCACAUAAGCGUUCACUUCUCAAAUAUGCUCAGCAAGAGACAGAAGAUGAUUUUCUAAGUCUAAUCCAGGCUCCAGAUAUACUCCCUAAAACAGAACAUAAAGUAGGAACAAUUGCUCCUCAGUUUUCCAAGGUGAAAGUUAAAGACUUCUUUCACAAGCUGGGCCCACUGACAGUGUUCUCAGCCAAGCAGAGAUGGACGGCUCCACGUACCAUUCGCCUUCACAAUGAAGUAGGAGAGCUUGGAUUCAGUCUAAAAGGAGGUUCACCAGUACAGGUUUAUUGUCUUGAUCCAGUUUGUUCUGCAGCAUCAGCAGGCCUAAAAGAAGGUGACUACAUUGUUUCAGUUGGUGGCAUGGAUUGCAAGUGGCUUGGUGUGAAUGAGGUGCUGGAAAAAUUAAAAAGUGUGGGAAAGCAGCCCAUAGAGCUUGAUGUUAUUAGUUGCCAGGAUACAGCGGCAUCUUUGCAUAGCAAGAGUGCAACUUACUCUAUGGGAAUGCAGAAGACAUACUCCUUAAUCUGUUUAGCCAUGGACGAGGAUAAAAUUGAUCAGACCAAGAAAGCUCCACUAAAACUCCCUUUUCUAAGUUGGGGAACUAAAAAUAGACAGAAAGCUGCAAGUACACUCUGCCUUCCUUCAGCUGUGGCUGGAAGUUCUCAGAUUAAGAAGAAGCUUUCUCCCUUCACACUUUUGAAUACAGAAAGUUCAUUGUACUGAAUCUUUCAGAAGGAUCUGUUAACGUGACUUUUGUUUAAAAUGUAUAUGAAAAUAUUGAUCAAUUUUAUCUUCAUAUGCAUAUGUAUAAACUCAGAUAAAUACUGUUGACUUCAUUUGCUGUGCAUUGAGCCACAUGAGAAGGUCAGAAGCUGGCAGAAACUGUAAAACUUAAGUAUUUGAAGGUUAGAAUGAAGUGGUUUGGGAGAUAUGCAAUAACUAGAUGUAGAUUAUAGAAUUGCCGACAAUGAGGACUGGACUCUUUGGAAUUUCAAAAUACAGUUAUGACUGAUUUUUAUAACUAUGCUAGAUGGGAGUUAUUUAUUACAAACUUGAUGCUGAAUGCAAAACAAUAGGGGACACAUUAAAGAAUGAUUUUGCCCUUAAACUUUAGGGUCAAUAAUAAAUCCCUUAACACUACUUUAAAGAAUUAUCUUAACUAACCACAGGUGAGAGGGAAUAAUGUUAUUCCGAGAAACUAGUCUUGUGCCAAGGGGCAGCGUCAUAGAGUUGUGUUUUUAUACAGAGAUGCUUCCUCAGAGUACUAGGUGUAGUCUACUGAAUAGGUAAUUUAAUUUUGGAAGAGAAUUAGAAGGCUUAAAAUUUAAAAUAUCUUUUGAACUCCAAAAGGCUUUUACUCUUUUCUUUUUCUGAUUUAGGUUACAUUUUAAAUGUCUGCAGAUUCAGUUGUUAAAAACAGGCUUUAUUCCAAACAUUAUUUAACCUACUUACCUUAAGACUUGUACCUCACUAGCCUUGAUAAAAUGGAUAGCUGUGAAACAAAUCUCAAAAUGGACAUAUUAUAAUAUAUUGAUUCAAAGGCACAUAAAUUGCAGUGAUGCUUUAAAAUAUGAAAAAAGAAGUGCUUGUGCUAAGUGGCAGAAUAUUUAUUUACUAUCACAUCAUGCAACAAAAAAAUCCUUCCACCCUUGAAACAAUUCACGAGCAAGCUCUAUCUAUAGUAGGGAGGGGGACAGAAAAUAACUGGUGAGCAUUUCUUUGAGAAUCUUCUAUUUCUUGAAAUUAAUUGAAAAUUGCUAACACUUUAGUGUUAGUUAACAUUGCUAUCUACAGAGUAGAGAGAUAGAUACUUUAAACAAAAAUUUGCAUCUUGGUGUAAACUUUAAAGUUGUCAUUUAUUUUUAGUUUCUUGUGUAAUAGGUGUAAAUAUCUUGAUGACCCUUAUUUAUGAAUAAAAAUUCAAUGCUGUCA